AUGAAGUCAGAGGAACUAAGUCGACUGAGAAAUCAUUUUUUGAAAAACUGCAGAGUUAAAGAAUUCUCAGGUUAUGGUGGUAAAAUACAUACCCUAGGCUGGAAUAAUAAUGGAUCACGACUGGCCUCUGGCUCAUCUGACAAGCUAGUGAAUAUAUAUUCUUUGGAGUCUACAAGAUUGGUUAAGGUACAUAGUUUUCGAGGCCAUAACGAGAGUGUAGAUCAACUUUGUUGGCAUCCGUCAGAUAAUGAUAUUGUUGCAACUGUUGGUGCUGAUGGAGCUGUUCGUUUAUGGGAUUGUCGCACCAAAAAGGAUCCAAUCACAGCCCAGUGUAAAGGGGAAAAUAUCAAUUUAGCAUGGUCACCGGAUGCACGUUACAUAGCUGUUGGCAGUAAAACAGACUUGGUUUCAUGGUUUGAUUUACGUGCUGGCUUUAAAGUUGUACAAGCUGAACAGUUUACUUCAGAAAUUAAUGAAUUUGCUUGGAAUCCAAGCGGUGAAGCAUUUCUUUUAACUACUGGACUGGGAAGUAUACUAGUAUACAGUGGUAAACCUGGUGAUAUGAAACGAGAAACAAGUAUACAAGCGCAUCCAGUGAAUGCAAUGUGUCUUCAGUUCUCACCAACUGGUCGACAAUUUGCUGUCGGUAGUGCAGACGCCUUAGUUUCUAUUUGGGAUGCAGAUGAAUUUGUCUGUCUACGAACAUUAUCUCGAUUAGAAUGGCCUGUACGUACUUUGGGAUUCUCUUAUGAUGGAAAAUUGAUAGCAGCGGCUAGUGAAGAUCAUUUUAUUGAUAUUGGUCAUGUAAAAACAGGUGAACAAGUCUACCAAGUUGGUAAUCAUGCAUCGGCGACAUUCGUCCUCGCAUGGCAUCCUCGACAGUAUCUUUUAAGUUAUUCAAGUGAAGCGAAAUAUGAACGUGAUCAAGGCGUGAUACGAUUAUUCGGCUUUGUGUCGGAUGACUUGUAA